AUGGCGCGUCUCGCCGACUACUUCGUGGUGGUCGCCUUCGGCCCGGGCAAGCGCGUGGAAGUGGAAGGCAACAGACCUGAGAGUUUUAGUAGCAUGUGGACAUUUAACGUGGUGAUCAAGCUCCUGAUUUGGGAAACUGAAUCGCUCAUUAAUUGCUUUCGGGUUUCCUUUCCAGGCAGCAGAGACGGCCAGGGCCAAAUACUCCAGCGCUUUCCCGAAAAGGACUGGGAGGACAACCCUUUCCCCCAGGGGAUCGAGCUGUUUUGCCAGCCGAGCGGAUGGCAGCUUUUCAGGGAGAGAAACCCUCCCACGUUCUUCAUUGCUGUCCUGACUGACAUCAACUCGGAGCGCCAUUACUGUGCCUGCUUCACCUUUUGGGAGGCCAUUGAAAGCGUCCAGCAGCUGCAGAAUCGCUGGAGGAAGGAAGAAGUGGAGGAGCUGGAGGUGACCACCCUUGUCCAUCCCUCACAGCUCUUCGCCCCGAAGAGUUUGGUGCUUGUCUCUCGGCUGGACCACACGGAGGUUUUCCGGAACAGCCUGGGGUUGAUCUACACCAUCUACGUGGACGGACUGAGCACCUCUCUAGAGACGGUGAUUGGGAAUCUCCUGACGUGCACCAUCCCCAUUACGGGGGGCUCCCAGAGGACCAUUUCCCUGGGCGCAGGCGACAGGCAGGUGAUCCAGACGCCUAUCAGCGAUUCCCUCCCCGUCAGCAACUGCAGCGUGGCUGUCCUCUUCCGACAGCUAGGAAUCACCAACGUGUUGAUUCUCUUCUGUGCGGCCCUGACCGAGCACAAGAUCCUCUUCCUCUCCAGCAGCUACCAGAGACUGACCGACGCCUGUCGCGCCCUGCUUGCCCUCCUCUUUCCCCUGAAGUACAGCUUCACGUAUGUGCCCAUCCUGCCCGCUCAGCUGCUGGAGGUCCUCAGCACACCCACCCCCUUCGUCAUCGGAGUCAGCUCCGUCUUCCAGUCAGAGACUCAAGAGCUGCUGGACGUGGUCAUCGCGGAUCUCGACGGAGGGACAGUCACCAUCCCGGAGUGCAUCCACAUCUCUUUGAUGCCUGAGCCUCUCCUCCAUCAGACGCGCCAAGCCCUCUCGAUGGUCUUGGACCCAGAGUUGGAGAUGGCAGAUCUGGCCUUCGCACCCUCCACCAUCUCUGCUUCCUCCCUCAAGAUGCAGGAUAAGGAGAUCCGGGCAGUCUUCCUCCGCCUGUUUGCCCAGUUGCUGCAGGGCUACCGCUGGUGCCUGCACAUCAUCCGUAUUCACCCGGAGCCGGUCAUUCGCUUCCACAAGGCCGCCUUCCUGGGGCAGAGGGGGCUGGUGGAAGACGAGUUCCUCCCCAGGGUGCUGGAAGGCAUGGCCUUCGCUGGCUUUGUGACCGAGAGGGGCCCCCCCUACCGGGAGUCGGACUUGUUCGAUGAGCUUGUGGCCAGUGAAGCCAAACGGAUGCAGGCCGAUGAAGGAAACAAGGCAAAGGUCCUGCGCCACAUCAAGGAGCUGGCAGAGCAGCUGUACAAAAACGAAAACCCUUACCCAGCAGUGACGAUGCACAAGGUGCAGAAGCCCACGGAGGGCUGCCACCUGCGCCUGCACCAGAGGCCGUUCCCCCAUUUGGACGAAGGGACCAUCCAGUGGAUUGUUGACCAGGCCACGGCCAAACAGCAGACGGCGCCUCCUCUGGUGAAGGUGGAGAAGAAAGCCAUGGUGCCAUCUGGGCCACCCCUGGGGACCCUCAUGGAGCGGAACGGGAUGCUGCUGGCCAAUAGUGCCCGUCGGCUGGAGGUAGUCAGGAACUGCAUUUCCUUUGUCUUUGAAAGCAAGAUGCUGGAAGCCAAAAAGCUCCUGCCGGCUGUGCUCCGGGCCAUGAAGAGCCGGGCUGCUCGCCACUGCCUCACCCAGGAGCUGAACCUCCACGUGCAGCAGAACAGGGCCAUGCUGGACCACCAGCAGUUUGACUUCAUCGUCCGGAUGAUGAACUGCUGCUUGCAGGACUGCAGUGCCUCGGACGAGCAUGGGGUUGCUGCUGCGCUUCUGCCCUUGGUCACUGCCUUUUGCCGCAAACUCAGCCCAGGAAUCACCCAGUUUGCUUACAGCUGCGUGCAGGAGCACCUGGUGUGGACCAACCUUCAGUUUUGGGAAGCCAUGUUCUACAGUGACGUGCAGAACCACAUUCGGGCUCUUUACGUGGAGAGUAACGAGGAGGACUGUGCUGAGAAGAUGGCCGAGGAAGAGUCGGCUCUGGAUAUCGCUGCUGUGCAGUGCCGUCUUUGGCCCACCAUGAGCCGGGAGAAGCAGCAGGAGCUCAUUCAGAAGGAAGAGAGCACCGUCUUCAGCCAAGCCAUUCACUAUGCCAACCGCAUGAGCUACCUCCUGCUGCCUCUGGACACCAGCAAGAACAGGCUCCUGCGCGGCGCGGGACUGGGAGACGCAGAGAGUGUCAGCAACAGCUUAAUCACCAGCAGCAUUGCUGGCAGCGUGGCAGACAGCUACGACACCGAAAGCGGCUUUGAGGACGCCGAAAGCUCCGACGUGGCCAACUAUGUGGUACGGUUCAUCAACCGCUUUGUGGACAAAGUCUGCACAGAGAGCGGCGUCACCAACGAGCACCUCAAGGGGCUGCAUGUCAUGAUCCCAGACAUUGUCCAGAUGCACAUCGAGACCCUGGACGCCGUGCACCGAGAGAGCAAGAGGCUCCCUCCAAUACAGAAACCCAAACUCCUCCAGCCAAAUCUGCUGAUGGGAGAGGAGAGCGUGAUGGACGGUCUGCGUGUUUACCUGGUGCCCGAUGGCAGGGAAGAAGGCGCUGGAGGCAGCCUCGGGGGGCCUCCUCUGCUUCCGGCUGAAGGAGCUGUCUUCCUUACCACCUACCGCAUCAUCUUCAAGGGCACACCCACCGACCCGCUAGUGGGAGAGCAGGUGGUGGUCCGCUCCUUCCCCAUCGCCUCUCUGACCAAAGAGGAGAAGAUUACAGUCCAGACUCCCUUGGAUCAGUUCAUCCAGGAGGGCUGUGCUCAGCUCCAGCUGCGCUCCUGUACAUUCCAGGUGCUCCGCAUUGUCUUUGACGAGGAAGUGGCCUCCGAGAGCGCAGAGACCUUCCGGAAGCAUCUCAGCAAGUUGCGCUACCCCCAGCACGUCUCCAAUACCUUUGCCUUCACGGUGGGACAGACCAGCAAGCCCAUCCUGCCUCCCAAGGCCAAGGACAAGAACCCCUCGCUCAGGACCAUCUCCAAGAACCUGGUAAAAAAUGCCAAGAAGACCAUUGGCCGCCAGUAUGCCACCCGCAAGAAGUACAACCCGCCUCCCUGGGAGCAGCGGGGCAGCCAGCAGCCGUUCCCCGAGGACAACGAGGAUGAGAUCUCUGUGUCCGAAGAAGUGGAGAGGAGCACCUUGACCCUCUCGGCCACCGUCAGGCCCUCCGACAGGAUGACCAUGAGCCACCUGGUGGAGCGAGCCUGCUGCCGGGACUACCAGCGCCUGGGCCUGGGCACCCUGAGCAACAGCCUGACCCGCUCCAAGAACGAGCCUUUCCGCAUCUCCACCGUCAACCGGAUGUAUGCCAUCUGCAGGAGUUACCCAGGAUUGCUGAUCAUCCCGCAGAGCAUCCAGGACAACACGGUUCAGCGGAUCUCGCGCUGCUACCGGCAGAACCGCUUCCCGGUGGUCUGCUGGCGGAACUCGCGCACCAAAGCCCUGCUGCUGCGGUCGGGGGGCUUGCACGGGAAGGGCGUUGUGGGUCUCUUCAAGUCCCAGAAUGCUCCCGCCACAGGCCCCUCCCAGGCAGACUCGACCAGUCUGGAGCAAGAGAAGUACCUGCAAGCCAUCAUCCACUCCAUGCCCCAUUAUGCGGACACCGGUGGGCGCAACACGCUCAGUGGCGGCUUCAGCUCUGCCCACGUGAGCCACUCAGAUUCUUCUGAGAAGCGUCAGCCCAAGCUGGGAUCCCUUAUGAAGCAGGUGAUGGGAGGGAGAGACGAAGGGUCCAGCACGGGGAGCCGUGGAGGCAAGUGGGGCAGCAUCCGAGCCGGGGGCCGCUUAAGCAGCUACGCCCUCAAUGUGGAGGUCGGGUCCCGACUGGCUGGGAAAGAAUUUGGCGCACAGCCCAACGGGUCCCCCUCGGAAGCCGGUUUCCUGCGCCAGCUCUACAUAAUCGGAGACAAGUCCCAGUUGCGGGGAAUCAAGGCGGACCCCUUGCAGCACUGGGAGAUGGUGCCCAUCGAGGUGUUUGACGCGCGGCAAGUCAAGAGCAGCUUCAAGAAGCUGAUGAAGGCCUGCGUCCCUGGCAGCCCCUCCCCAGAGGCCGGCCUGGCCUACCUGCGCUCCCUGGAGGAGUCGGAGUGGCUGGUGCAGAUCCAUAAAAUCCUGCAGAUCUCGGUGCUUGUGGUCGAACUGCUGGACACGGGCUCCUCGGUCUUGGUCAGCCUGGAGGACGGCUGGGACAUCACCACUCAGGUGGUCUCCCUUGUGCAGCUGCUCUCGGACCCCUAUUACCGCACCAUGGAGGGCUUCCGGCUCCUGGUGGAGAAGGAAUGGCUCUCCUUUGGGCACCGUUUUGCCCAUCGCGGGGCACAGACCCUGGCCAGCCAGAGCAACGGCUUUACACCUGUCUUCCUGCAGUUUCUGGAUUGCGUCCAUCAGAUCCACGCACAGUUCCCCAUGGAGUUUGAGUUCAGCCAGUACUACUUGAAGUUUCUCAGCUACCACUCUGUGUCCAACCGCUUCCGCACCUUCCUCCUGGAUUCUGACUACGAGCGACUGGAGCUGGGUCUCCUGUAUGAAGAGAAAGGGGAGCGGAAGGGCCCCCAGUCCUACCGGUCCAUUUGGGACUACGUGGACCGGCUGAACAAGAGGACCCCCGUCUUCUUCAAUUACAUGUAUGCCCCUGAGGAUGGGGAGGUCCUGCGUCCGUACAGCAAUAUUUCCAGCCUCAAGGUGUGGGACUACUACACCCACGAGGCUCUCUCGGAGGGGCCGUCCUAUGACUGGGAGCUGGUGCAGGAUCAGGGGGAGCUCAGUGAGGAGGCUGGCCAGCAGGACACCGGCACCCCCCAAAGCCGUCGCAAGAUCGUUUGGCCCUGUUACGACAGCUGCCGCCGAGUCGAGCCAGACGCCAUCUCUCGGCUGUUGGAGGAGGUGCAGAAUCUGGAGAUGGAGCUGGGCCAGGUCCCAGAACGCUGGAAGGAGACCUGGGACAAAGUGAAGGCUUCCCAACAGUCGGAGGGCUCAGCGCUGGACAGUAAAGUAAGGACGCCCAGUUCUCUACUGAUGGCAUCGAGUCUGUCGCAUCAGCGGCGUUCGCUCGGCGUCUACCUGCAGGAGGUGGGCAGCGGCAGCUCCACCUUAAACCUCAGCCUGGACAGUGAAACCAGCAGCUCCUCCACCCCCUCGAGUGGGAAGCAAGGGGGCCGUAAGAGCACCGGCACGCUUUACAGUCAGUUCCAGACGGCAGAGAGCGAGAAUCGUUCCUACGAGGGCUCCCUCUACAAGAAAGGAGCCUUCAUGAAACCCUGGAAGCUGCGCUGGUUUGUGCUGGAUAAAACCAAGCAUCAGCUGCGAUACUAUGACAGCAAUUUGGACACAGAGUGCAAAGGGAUGAUUGACCUGGCUGAGGUGGAGGCCAUCACUCCAGGCACCCCCACUAUGGGAGCCCCCAAGAUGGUGGAUGAAAAAGCUUUCUUUGAUGUCAAGACAAUAAAGCGGGUUUACAAUUUCUGCGCCCAGGAUGUGCAGCUGGCCCAGCAGUGGAUUGAUCGCAUCCAGAGCUGCUUGUCUGAUGCCUGAGGUGCCGUCUGGGCCUCAGUGCCACGCUUGGCCUGGCACAGCACCGCACAGGACGGAAGGAGGUGGGGUGUGUUGCCCAGGAGGGAGACCCCAGCCUGGCUUGGGCACGUGCAGUUUGCGGGGAAGGGCAUGGCUGGCCUCUCCCGUCUUGCAAAGAGGCGAGUCCGUCACGCGUCCGGCCUGGCGGAUCCUCAGGAGGAACUUGCUCAUCCUCCAUCCUUGCCUGGAGGUUGGCAGAGCCAUCGGACUUCCAUGCCCCGGCUGCCUCCGGAGCAAGUCUGGCCGGCCGAGGAAAUGGGCUCUGCUCUGUCGGGGAAGCUGGCCGAGGGUCUGGCUGCGGGCAGAGGUGGAAACAGAUUGAUGCAAAGCA